AUGGAAGUCCAAAAUGGUAGGAAAGGAAUCGGAAAUUCCGGUUUUACGGUUCAAGUCCCGGGCCUAAUAGCAAGGGGGACGUUGAUGCAAGCUGGUAAUGGAUGCUGCAUGAAGGAACGAUGAAGAUGAUUUUUUGAUUACUCACUCAUCCAAUCCAAUGGGUGCACAUCGCAUUUUCAACGUCUCACAUUCACUCGCUCUCCGUAAGUGCCCCCCGGCAUCUCCGCCCCAAUUCUAAAGCCACGAUCCCUUCUCCGCAUUCGAUUCAUCUCCUCACUUUGCAAUCUCAAUGACUCCCUCCUCGUCUUCUCGGCCAUCUGAAAUCAAUGACUUCGCCGCCGUUGCUCCGGACAACACGAAAUCUAGAGUCACCGUUAUUGGUAGUGGUAACUGGGGCAGUGUUGCCGCUAAGCUCAUUGCAUCCAACGUCCUCAAGCUCCAUUCUUUCCACGAUGAAGUGAGGAUGUGGGUAUUUGAAGAAAUACUGCCAACCGGUGAAAAACUCUCAGAGGUUAUUAACAAAACCAGCGAGAAUGUUAAGUAUCUAGCUGGCAUUAAGCUUGGUAAGAAUGUUAUUGCGGAUCCUGACCUUGAGCAUGCAGUGCAAGGAGCUAACAUGCUAGUCUUUGUUACUCCUCAUCAAUUCAUGGAGGAUAUAUGCAAGAGAUUAGUUGGGAAAGUUAGAAAAGAUGCUCAAGCGAUUUCUCUAAUUAAAGGAAUGGAGGUAAGGGUGGAGGGUCCACACAUGAUCUCCACCCUCAUCACUAAACAACUUGGAGUCAAUUGCUGUGUCCUAAUGGGGGCAAACAUUGCUAAUGAGAUUGCAGUGGAGAUGUUCAGUGAAGCAACAGUAGGAUACAGGGAAAACAAAGAGAUUGCACAUAAAUGGGUUCAGUUAUUCAAUACACCUUAUUUUAUGAUCUCAAUUGUCCAAGAUGUGGAAGGAGUAGAACUAUGUGGUACCCUUAAAAAUGUUGUGGCUUUAGCAGCAGGAUUUGUUGAUGGUCUGGAGAUGGGAAACAACACAAAGGCUGCGAUAAUGAGAAUUGGCUUGAGAGAGAUGAAGGCAUUUUCCAAAUCGCUAUACCCCUCAGUUAAAGACAGCACAUUUCUUGAGAGCUGUGGUGUAGCGGAUGUGAUUACAACUUGCUUUGGAGGACGAAACAGGAAGUGUGCAGAAGCUUUUGCAAAGAAUGGGGGGAAGAGGUCUUUUGAUGAACUUGAAGCAGAGAUGUUGCAGGGUCAAAAGCUUCAGGUAUGCCACCUGCUGCUAGCUAUAGAACACAUUUGAUCGUGAAAAAUAUGUCACGCCAAUUGCCAAGUGCCUAAACUCGGGGAUUUUUGUUUCAUUCGGUCCAAAAGGAACCCCCACCUAAAUUUAAUCUAAGAGCAGUUCCCAUGCAACAAUGUGUACGGUGUUAACGUGGCAUGAGAGAGAUGACACAUAAAAAUUGGGUGUGUCAACAGCAAAAGAGGUCUACGAGUUUCUAUCUAGCCGGGGAUGGCUGGAGGGCUUCCCUCUAUUUUCCACAGUACAUGAGAUCUGCACUGGCCGUCUUCCUCCAUCGUCUGUAGUAAAACACAUUGAGCAGGCCCCCAAGAUUCUUCCUCCUGGGAGGUUAUGAUUAUUUUUUUGUGAAGUCCUAACGAGUUGAUAUAUUUGUUACAUUGAGUAUCUAUACCAUUUUUCCCCUAAGAAAUUUUGAAGUGAAAGUCUCCUUGUAUAUUAGCUUGGGGUUGAUGAUUAUAGGAUUAAAUAAUGCUCUUAUAAACCUAGAGCAAAUAUAUGCAUCACUCUUUCGUGAUGUAUAUUUGCAGCUAACGUUAAUUGUCUGCUUGCUGUAUGAUGCUCUUUGAACAUCAACGGUUUAAGUUUUUUGUUCAUUUGAAUCAAUUAUUCAUUUCAAUUUCAACCGUUAGGGUAUGUCAAUGUUAGACAGUAUCUCUGGG